AUGGUACCACCACAAUUACUGCCUUUGAACACAAACUUGACGAGCAUGUUUCAGCCGCUUUUGAGGCAUUCUAAUGAGGCCGAAAACCCAGAUUAUGGUUUGCCUGAAUAUGCAUAUAACAGCUUUGACGAUACGUCUUCCUUGACUGAUGAAGACAGAAGUUCAUCUAUAAACUCACCAUUCAGCUAUAACGAUCGCUACUUUGCUGACUUUGGAAGUCUGCUGUCGACUUCGAUAAACGUGGCCUCAGUCCUGCCGAUGCAGACCGGGUAUGAGAUGUUACGACCAGAAGGAGAUGAGCUGCUAAAUCCUGAGGAUGUAAUCAAGGCGUCUUCCUCGUCGUCUUCGGAUAUGCCACUACCAGCGUUGAAGCUUGAUGUUGGGUUGCAAGCGUAUGAUAAUGCAGAACCGAUAACACCACCUUCUACUCCUUUGAUAUCUACAAAAUCGAAGUUUCUACACUCUCGCAGUGCUAGUAGUCCAGGUGGCAGCAAACGAGGGAGGAAAAGACGUGAAGGUCGAUACGAAUGUCCUGACUGCCAUAAGGGAUUCAAAAGGCCUUGGAAUCUCAAGAGCCAUAGGAUCAUCCACACGGACACUUGGGAUUUCUUUUGUGAACACUGCUCAAGAGGUUUCAGAAGAGCCAAUGACUUGAAGAGGCACUUGAGGCUCCACACAGGAGAACGCCCAUACCAAUGUAACACAUGUCUUAAAUCAUUCUCGAGACCGGACAAUGCUAGUACUCAUGUAUGCCAUGGACCACCAUGUAGAGAGGGAAUGUAA